AUGGUGAGUCGCACAAGAUUUUGGCCGGAAAACAAUGUCGGCCACUGCACAGUGCAUGGGAUAAAGCAGAUGUUGUCCGAGAUGGAGCACGGAGCACUAGAGUUCGACUUCAAGGCUAUCAACUAUAAUCCAAACCAGUUGGUUCAAGUGGUUUACCUCGAUUUUGAGGUAACCAGUUGUAAUGGAGUUGAUGAUGCUACAUUACCUGAAUCAAGUAUCCAAACAAAGUUUGGGAGUAUUAUUGAUUGUGUUGAUAUCAAUAAGCAGCCUGCUUUUAACCAUCCUUUGCUGAAGGAUCAUAAGCUUCAGAGAAAGCCUACUUUUCUAAACAGAAGGGAAACAACAAACAAACAUGCUUUACCAACUACAACCAUAGAGUUUGAGCUUGAGAAUGAUUCAUGUCCAACAGGAUCCGUUCCAAUUCGGAGAACAACAAAAGAUGACCUUAUUCGAAUGAAAUCAUUGUCUAAUUUAACUCGUCUCUCCUUAAUUAAUAGUGCCCCUUAUAGUCAUUUUGUAGCACUUCACACAAAGCCAGGGGGAAAUUUUUCUUAUUUUGGAGUUAAUGGAAGUGUUAAUGUUCAAAACCCAAGAGUAAACAAGUUCCAAAUGAGCCUUGCUCAAAUAGCGGUUCAAAGAGGUGAAAACGAUGCACUUAACACAAUACUUCUUGGGUGGCAGGUAUACCCAGAAUUGUAUGGUCAAGAAACUACAAAUCUCUUUGGACUAUGGACGUCAGAUUCAUUCAAGACAACAGGGUGUUACAACAUGCUUUGUCCAGGUUUUGUACAAACUGAUAAUAAGAUCUUUUUAGGAAAUCGUGUGUUACCUGUAUCAUCUUAUGGUGGACCUCAAUAUGAUCUUUCAAUGUCCAUUAAACAGGACCCAGAUACUAAAAACUGGUGGUUAACAGUUAAAGACAUAAAUGUUGGAUAUUUUCCAGCAGCAUUGUUCUCUAACAUGUCUGAGGCUAAUCUAGUUGGGUGGGGUGGUAGAGCUUAUGGCGAUGUGAAUGGCACAAGUCCACAAAUGGGAUCUGGAUACUUUCCAGAUGGUGAUAUGACGCAUGCAUGCUUUGUUAGACGACUCUCAUACAAUGAAAAUGGAUCAUUUGAAGAACCACAAGAGCAUCUUCUAUACAAAUCUUUUGAUAACCAACAUUGCUAUGACAUUCAAUAUUUUGGAAUUUUUGAUGAGGACUUUCGAUACACCUUUCAAUUUGGGGGCCCCGGAGGGAAUUGUAGUAGUAGUUGA